GCAUUCAUUCGUUCCAGGCGACCGCCUCGGAAUCGCUCACCACUCAAGCUUCCUCGAGGCUCAUACCACGUCGAGGUAUGGCUGGAGCAACGAAUGGGCUUUGAGUCAGCCGUCGAGUCGACAAGAAUUUGAUUUUCUCGAACCACCUCUCGUGUUGAUCGCUGACCCAAAUCGGCAAUACAGAAAUGUCCCCCGAACGAUCAUCAUCUGCCGUCCGUAGCCUUCGAUCACUAUUCGAAAACAAAGCAGCCGAAAAUUCCCUAGACGCAAGAGGUAGAUCUCCGGGUGGCACAGGCUUAGACGCCGAAAACAAUAGACCACGCAGCAAAGUUCGAGCGAGCUUCUUCCCGGUCGCUCCAGCCAUGUCUGCUACCGUUGAAGAGAAGGGCCAGGUUGUAGGAGAGCAGGAGGCGAACAUCGUCAGCGACUCCCAGCCAGCGAACCCUGACAAGCCCACAACAAGCGCAGAAGAGUCGGGCUCGAUCAAACCAGCAGACCCAUCCAGCGCUGCCGCUGUCAGCGGAGGAGCGGCUCUUCCCAGUAAGGCAGAGGAUCUACGAGGAGUAGCUCCGGGAUCGAAGACACAGAAUGGAUUGAAGUCAUCGGUUGCAACCAAGAAGCCGUUGGUAGCCAAGUCUGCAGCAUCAACAGCGAAGCCGGCGGCUGGCCCAGCGAAGACGACUCCUUCAGCAUCUGUUAGGACAUCAAUCGCAUCAAAGACUACGAGUGAUGCGGCCAAGCGGCUGAGCAGAAGCUCUCUAGCUGCUCCGACGGCAGCUUCUGCUGCUCGGACAGCCACGGAUAAGGGUGCUACAGCGGAGAAGCCGGCGACAAAGCCUAAGCCUCGCGAGCCGACCAAGCCUCUGAACGUUUCAUCACAUCUUACCCAACCCACUGCAGCAUUCCGGGCUAAGCAUGAAACUCAACCUGCAGCAUCCACUGGGGCUCAAGCCAAACCGAAAGCCGCACCGACUAAAUCGACGCCACGAAACUCUCUGGCCGGGCGUCCUGAAUCACAAACGUCUUCCUCGUCGGCUCGUAAGCCAGCUGGCGCUUCAGAUGGUAGCUUUUUGGAUCGUAUGACUCGACCAACGGCUGCAUCCGCAAACAGACUGCAAGACAAGGCCGAGGCGCAGAAGUCGCCCAAGCCGAAGUCUACUUUGCCGCCUGCGAAGACAAAGCCGAGUGCUCCUUCAAAGCCCGCACCAACCGCUAGCAAGGCAACUCCAGUUUCAGCUCCCAGCAAAGCGGAGAAAGCUGCACCGGUCAAAGCCGCCGUGGCAGAGGAGCCUGUGAAGAAAGAAGAGCAGCAAGCACCUGCGCCUGCCGAAGCCAAUGCCGAGACGGCCACAGAGGAAGCAGAAGAGGCAAAGAUCGAGCCAGAGGUCGACGCAAAGGCGGAGAGCAAGCCUGAGGAGCCUGCGGCCGUCGAGACCUCUGAGGAAGCGGUUGCAGAGACCACCACGGCCUCAGAAGAGAAGGCUGUUGAAGAGCCUGUAGAGGAACCCAUUCAAGAAGUUCAGGAGGAAGCCCCCGCCGUGACCGAACCAUUGGUACUAACCGAAGAGACACCUGUUGAGGACCCAGCGGCGGAGCCAGCGCCUGUCGAGGAAGCUGCUCCAAAGGAAACUGUCGCUGAGGAGACCGUCGUUGAGGAAACUCCGAAGGAAGAGCCUGUCAAGGAGGAAGCACCUACCGAGCAGUCUGCACAAGAAUUUCUCCCUGUGGUUGAACCCGUCAAGGAAGAGCUUCCAGCGGCCGAACCAGCCGAAGAAGAGACCACCGCGCCUGAACCCGAAAAGGAAGCGAUCCCUGUCGCCGAGCCUGAAAAGGCAGAGACUCCCGUUGCCGAGCCCGCAAAGGAAGAGGCUCAAGCGCCUGAACCCGCAAAGGAAGAAGCUCCCGUGCCCGAACCCGCUGCCACCUCAACUCCCAAGAAAAAGAAGAACAAGAAGCACAACAAGAAGAAUUCCUCCGUUGCCAAAGGACCUGUCCCCGCCGAGGAGACCGCCGAAGCCUCCAAGUCGGAGGAGGCCGCUGUCGAUGAGUAGGACAGCAAAAAAGGAUGAAGAAGUCGAGGAUUAUUGCAGGCCCCGACACCCACGUCCUGAUUGAACCCUCCAAAAGAGAAAAAAAAAUCCCCAAAAGAGAAAAAUCAACCUUCUCCAAAGUUCCCGUCAUUUUUGUUGUCUUUCUCUCUCUCGUACUUGGUUCUCCGCCCUGUGCAUACAAUUGUUUAGCGUCCUCGUUGUUCUUUAGCGUCCAAUCCGUCAUUUGUUCCUUGAAAAUUCCUUUCCCUCUAUCUUCUCCAUCUUCUCUCUUCCUUUCACUUUCUCACUCAAUCGUGCUGGUCGGGACUCUUUGAGGAUAUUAGCACUCUGGCAAACGACCGCGCGAAACUUCAAAUUCACAAUUAAUCCACCACGUAGACCCGUAGACGACGAUCUGUCCAACCAUUCUGUUGCUCUCAGGCAGUACAGAAGGCGAGUUCAGUCCCUGUACGAUAUCCGAACACAAACCGUCUUCACGUGCAA